GGAGGUAAGUUCCAGAGCCGGCCUUAAAAAUGUUUAGACUACCAGCCCCAAAGAUAUUAUGGCCGAAUCUUAGUCAGUGUUUAAAGAAGAAGAAAAAGGGUUGCUGGUGAGAAGAGUCCAAAUAAGCCUUUUCUAUACGAAAUCGUGUUUAAUAUGUUUAUGUAAUUACGUGUCUUACUUUGCCAUAAAAUGGGCCGUCCCUACAUCUAAUUUAGUCCCCUUCGCUUCAACUAAGAACGCCAUGAGGCUUGGAUAUAAAAGGUUGGGGGUGAAGCCAUACAUGGUGAGGAUUAGGAAGAGAUAAGACCACCUCUGUCAAGGGGUUUUUAGAGCAUGAUUAUUGGAGAGUUUUUAGGGUGAAAUUCUUAGUUUUUUUAAUGAAAAGUUAAGAGACGGAUUCUUAUAUUCCGCUAAAAACUUCAUCCUAAGAACUUCCCAAUAAUCAAAGUCUUAGAUGGGGUUUUAAACAAAAGUGAAAAAUAAAUAAAUGAAAAAGUCCAAAAUAAAGAAGAACCGAUGCUUACCUUGUGUUUUUUAGAGGUGGUAAAAGAACCUUACGUGUCAGUCCCUCAUUGGACCUAUUGUCUCUCUCUCUUGUUGUCGUCUGUAAAGUCAAUAAGUUUGAUAUUGAUCCCUUCUUUUUCUCUACUAAUUGGAAGGAGUGGACUUUCUUCUCAAUCUCGCCGAGCAUGUCUUCAAAGAAACUGAAAUCGGCGAACGACGUGAGUAGCAGCGGAGGAGGAUUUGGCGGCUCUGAGACCUACUGUAUUCAGCAGUGUUCCUCGAUUAUACAACAGAAUAUAUGAUGGUAUCACUAAUGCAGUAAAAUCCUCUGGCGGGAUGAAAGAGAGGCUCUUCAAUGCUGCCUAUAAUUCAAAGAAGCAGGCUCUCCUAAACGGAAAGAAUGCUUCUGCAAUAUGGGAUAGGCUGGUUUUCAAUAAGAUAAAGGACAAACUUGGAGGCCGGGUUCGUUUUAUGACGUCUGGGGCUUCACCUAUGUCUCCUGAAGUCAUGGAAUUCAUGAAAAUAUGCUUUGGAGCAAGGGUUUUAGAGGGAUAUGGGAUGACUGAAACAGCUUGUGUUAUAAGUGGAAUGGACGAGGGUGAUAACCUCAUUGGACAUGUUGGCUCUCCUAAUCCAGCUUGUGAAAUAAAGCUUGUGGAUGUCCCGGAAAUGAACUACACAUCGGCAGAUCAGCCCCAUCCCCGCGCAAAAUUUGUGUUAGGGGCCUUUUGUUUUUCGAGGCUAUUACAAAGAUGAAGUUCAAACGUAUGAACACCUAGUGCAUUACAAGUUCCUCUUUAACCAACUAAAUCUAUAUUAUAAUAGAUGAAUUUUUGCUCA